AACGACGAAGAAGAUGAAUACUUCCUCCCCCUCCAAGACCAGCGCGUCUUCGGCGCCGGCAUCCGCAAAAAGCGCGUCCCCUUCGUGCGCUCCUCCGACCUAACCACCACCACCACCUCCUCAUCCACCCCAACUCCAUCCUCCACCGGCCAAACCAUCGCAGACAGAUACCUCUCGCUCGUACUAUCGACACCACCGCCACCACUACCACUACAGCAACAACCCAAACCAGACCCCUCAAACCCCAACCUCAACCUCAACUCCAACCCCCAACAACACCCACCCACACCCACACCCCCAGAACCAGAACCAGAACCACAACCUCACUGCGAAAUCUGCAACCUCCCCCUCACGACCCAAAAUCAAUCACAAACCCAAUCACAAACCCCCCAACCAAAACCAAAACCGCACGAAGCCUCCCUCGCCCACCAAGCCUGUCUCACGCACUCGCACCCGCCCUCGCACCUCGACCGUACGCGGCCCGGGAUGCGCUACCUCGCGGCCUACGGCUGGGACCCCGAUAGUCGGGUGGGACUGGGGGCGAGCGGGCGCGAGGGGAUCCGGGAGCCGGUGAAGGGAAGGCUGAAGGCUGAUACGGUGGGGUUGGGGGCUGUGGUUCCUCGGGGCGGGGAGAAGGAGAAGAAUAAGAAGAAGAAGAAGACAGUGGGUGGGGCGGGAGUGCAGAAGUUGAAUGCGAAGGAGGUGCGCAAGGGGCAGAAUGAGGAGAGGAGGCGCGGGGAGAGGUUGCGCGAGAUGUUUUUUCAGAGGGAGGAUGUGUUGGAGUAUCUUGGUGGGGGG